AUGACCGACAACACAAAGGCCAAGAAGGCCCAGAGCAAGACCAUCGUCUUUCUGCACCCGGACCUUGGCAUUGGCGGAGCUGAGAGGCUGGUCGUCGAUGCCGCAGUCGGCUUGCAAAACAGAGGACACAAGGUUGUCGUCUUCACAAGCCACUGCGAUCCGGCACACUGCUUCGACGAAGCUCGAGAUGGCACUCUCGAUGUCCGCGUUCGCGGCAACACCAUCGUCCCUCCCUCCAUCCUGUCCCGCUUCAGCAUCCUCUGCGCCAUCCUACGCCAACUCCACCUGAUCAUCCAGAUAUACCUCACCUCGGAGCUGAAGCAACUAAAUCCCGACAUCUACUUCGUCGACCAGCUCAGCGCCGGCCUCCCCCUCCUCCAGCUGCUACACCCGAAUGGCCGCAUAUUCUUCUACUGCCACUUCCCCGACCUCCUGCUAGCACAGGGCCGACAGAAAUGGUGGAAGCGAGCCUACCGAAUCCCCUUUGACAUGUGGGAGCAUUGGAGCAUGAUGUUCGCCGACACCAUCGCCGUAAACUCGAACUUCACAAAGGGCGUGGUCCGACGGACGUGGCCGGCACUGGCCCGACGCAAAGACCUGCAGACCGUCUACCCCUGCGUCGACACCAACCCCAAGGACAGAGAAUCGGACGGCGUGCCGCUGUGGCGGGGCAUGAGGUUUCUGCUGAGCAUCAACCGCUUCGAGCGCAAGAAGGACAUCGCCCUGGCCAUCAAGGCCUUCGCCGGCCUGAGUAAGGAGGGGCGCAAGGGCGUCCGGCUCGCUGUGGCCGGAGGCUACGAUCCGCGCGUCGCCGAGAACGUCAGCUACCACAGGGAGCUCGUGGAGCUGGCUGAGUCGCUGGGUCUAAGCAACAUGACCGUCAAGACGCCGUCCACGGCACAAGCUGUCCCCGCUGACGUCGAGGUGGUGUUUCUCCAGAAUGUGGCGAACGUGUUGAAGGAGAUGCUGCUAUCUUCGGCGCGGCUGCUCGUCUACACGCCCUCCAACGAGCACUUUGGCAUCGUGCCCCUCGAGGCCAUGCUGGCGGGUGUCCCCGUUCUUGCCGCGAACACGGGCGGGCCCACCGAGACGGUCGUCGAGGGAGAGACGGGCUGGCUGCGCAGCCCGGAUGCGGUGCAGGAGUGGACCGACGUCAUGGACAGGGUUCUCAACCAGAUUAGCCCUGCGGAUCUAGCCAAGAUGUCCCACGAGGGCGUCGCGAGGGUCAAGAACGGCUUUGGCGGGGUGCAAAUGGCGGAGCGACUGGAUUCGAUCCUAGACGACAUGCUACGGGCGCAUAAGUCGCGGUCGAAGAGGGCGGUCCUGCUCCCCUUCAUGGGGUUCUUGGGUGUGAUUGCUGCGGCGUUGGCUGUUGUGCUCCAGGUCCUGCGAUGA